AUGGCAAAGAAAGGAGGGGUUCAGCAGCUGCAGGCUGAUAUCAGCACGGAUGAAGAGUUUGAAAAGUUUUUAGAACGCCCAGGGCUGCUGGUACUCGACGUAUACUCGGAGUGGUGUGGACCCUGCGUGGGUAUGCUGGGUAGUCUGAGAAAAAUAAAACUUGAAAUUGGUGGUGACAACUUACAGUUGGCUACAUGCAAGGCCGGUAGUAUUUCCUACCUGAAAAGGUUUGACAAGAAGAGUGAGCCAACAUGGAUGUUUGUGGCGAAUGGCAAGGCCAUAAACAUUAUGUUUGGUUGCCAAGUACCGAAGCUGGUUGAGUUGAUUACCAAGGAAUUGCAAUCCACAUUGGCCCAAGAGCCGCAUCAGACCUAUGAGAUAACCGAACUACAGCCCAUCGAACUGGAACAGCUGCGCAUAAAGAACAAGGCUCUGGAGUUGGCUGAGAAAAUCGAGCAGGAAGAGAGUCAAAGGAAACGCAUCGAGUAUCUGAAGUUUGUUACGGAUACAAUCAUGGAGAAUUUGCCCGAUUUCGGCGUUACUGUGUUCGGGCCCCAAGUCAACCGGGACAUGUUUAAAAAGCUCUCUGAGCCGGCUGACCCCCUGAAAAUACAAUGCAAAGAUCGAAAAGUGUUCGCCAUAACCGAAAGUGAUUUUAACACUGUACAUUUUGCGAGUGUUAAUCCAUUGCCACCAGAGGUUAUCAAGCAGCUAUACGACAAGGAACUGUUGAUGUGCUUCUGGAAAGUGGAUGAGACAAUUGGCACGUCAACCACGAUGCUCCUGCAGUACGCUCAUGAAUUGACGAAGGAGAACAUAAAGCCCCCCGAUGAGUUCAACGAAGAGGAAACAGUACUCCCACCUCUAAUAGUACCCCUCGAAGUAAAUGUGGAAAUAACAACUGAUGAAGACGUUCCUGGUGGCAGCAGAAAAGAAAGCAUGGAUGCAGAUCCAGGAGAUAAUGUAGACAUUAUUGACGAAGCUGUCGUUAAGCAGGAAGUGGGAGAGAAAAGGUACAAGACUAUUCAAAUUCCCCCUGUGUGGGUGCCAAGCGACCAACGCACGCAUGCAGCCCUCAUUUACACCUACUUUCGUGGUCAGACAUCCAGUUUUUUGCCACCCGAUCCUACCCCAGAACCACCACAUAUCGUAAUGACUUUCGACGCGUACAAGAAAAAAGAUCUCAUCAACUUGGUUGAGAGUUGCCGCGACGAUAUUCCAUUGUAUGGGUUCUUUACCAGCGAUAAUCCCGAGACCGCUGUUUUCAUUGCGAAUUCAGUUGAGAAAUAUAAUGCAAAAACAUAUGUUCCUACCGAUAAAAUUGUUCUGAAAGUCAAUAAAGUUAACACCAAUACGAUACCACAGCUUAUGGCUUUUGGUCCAAAUUAUGUCAGUGAAAAUUCUGUGGUUGGCCAUAAAAUUGCGGAGAUAUUUUUCCCCCCCAGUUACAAAUCUGCACAGCAAGAAGAGGCGGAUUUACAUGCAGACAAAACCGAAAAGCCGAAGAAACGGAAAAAGAAUAAAAAGGGCGCUGAGGCCGAAGGCAGUGGUAAGUCCGAUAACAAUCCUCAAGAGAAACUGCAGGAGCUGGACGAGACUGCUAAGACCACUCCAGAAGAGGGAACGUCCACAACCAGCAGUGGGGAAGACAGCUGCGAGAGCCGGCCAGCAACAGCGGAUGGUAAUAAUCCGAUUGAAAACGCCAAUGAUGUGUGA